AAAAAACAAAAAAGGGAAAAACUUUCUUUUGCCUCUGCAACUUCAAUAAUGAAAGCUCAUUAGAAACCGCUUAACUGUUACCUUCUCUCUCUUUCUGCUUCGCCGCCACUUCCCAUUACUAUCUCUACUAACUCUUAUGCUUUUUCACUUCUCUUUUUCCAACUCUUCAAAUUAGUGAUCUUUUUUCUUUACUACUUUCUCUUAUACAUGUACAUACACAUAUAUAUUUUGUUGGCCUCCUCUGUUACUUCUAUUUAAUGCUUUUUUUCUCAACUUCAGGACUUUUCUUUUCCAACCCUUUCAGCUUCUCUUUCAGCCUGAGAGAGCUCAACUCUUGGUGGGUUGAUCUUGGUUUUCUGUUUCAUCUUUGAAAUCACUUUCAGUUUCUGCACUGUUUAAUUCAACAUCAAGUUGUUUUUCUUUAGAAAAUUUAAACCAUUGUUUGAAGUAAACUGAUGCCUGAUAUCAAGGACAUGGAUUUCUCUUCCCACAAACUUCCAUCUCUUUCGCAGGUUGGGGAAGAGCUAAAGGAGCUAUGGGGGAUGGCUUUGCCCAUAACCGCAAUGAACUGGCUGGUGUUCAUCAGAGCCGUUGUUUCAGUCCUUUUCUUAGGAAGACUUGGAAGUUUAGAGCUUGCCGGAGGAGCUCUCUCCAUUGGCUUCACCAACAUCACCGGCUAUUCUGUUCUUGUGGGCUUAGCCUCAGGCCUUGAGCCAGUGUGCAGCCAGGCCUAUGGUAACAAAAACUGGGACCUCCUCUCCCUCUCUCUCCAACGCAUGAUCGUCAUACUUUUCCUUGCCAUCAUCCCCAUCAGCCUCCUGUGGAUAAACCUCGAAAGCAUAAUGGUUUUCAUGGGCCAGGAUGAGAACAUCACAGCAAUGGCAGCAACUUACACUAUAUAUUCCUUACCCGAUCUUUUGACAAACACUUUGUUGCAGCCGUUGAGGGUGUUUCUUAGGUCUCAGCAGGUGACUAAGCCGAUGAUGUGGUGCUCAUUUGUGGCUGUGAUGUUUCAUGUGCCAUUGAAUUAUUUGUUGGUGAUAAAAAUGGGGAUGGGGAUGCCAGGAGUGGCAAUGGCAUCGGUGGUGUGUAACUUGAACAUGGUGGUGCUGAUUGUGGGGUACGUGUGGGUGAGUGGACGGUGGGAGAUGAGAUGGACGGGUGGGAUUGGGGUUCUGUGUGGUGGGAUUGGCCCCCUUUUGAGAUUGGCAGUGCCCAGCUGCCUUGGGAUUUGCUUGGAGUGGUGGUGGUAUGAGAUUGUGAUUGUAAUGGCUGGGUACUUGGAGAAUCCUACACUGGCUGUGGCCGCCACUGGGAUUUUGAUUCAGACCACUAGCAUGAUGUACACUGUCCCUAUGGCCCUUGCUGGCUGUGUCUCUGCCCGGGUGGGCAAUGAGCUUGGAGCUGGAAAGCCUUACAAAGCCAAACUUGCAGCAAUGGUGGCAUUGGGGUGUGCAUUCUUCAUAGGAAUUAUAAAUGUAACAUGGACAGUGAUUUUGAGAGACAGAUGGGCUGGUUUGUUCACAAAGGAUGAUCUUGUCAAAGCUUUGGUUGCAUCAGUUUUACCAAUUAUUGGACUGUGUGAGCUGGGCAACUGCCCACAAACAACUGGCUGUGGCAUCCUACGUGGCACGGCAAGGCCGGUUAUCGGGGCCCGUGUGAACCUGGGCUCGUUUUACUUUGUGGGUACUCCUGUGGCAGUGGGCCUGGCCUUCGGGCUCAACAUCGGGUUUAGCGGGCUCUGGUUCGGGCUCUUGUCAGCCCAAGUGGCCUGUGCUGUCUCUAUUCUCUAUUAUGUUUUGGUCAGGACAGAUUGGGAAGCUGAGGCCAUGAAGGCUAAGAAGCUAACAAGCCUGGAGCUUAGUUCUUGCAAUGGAGGUACACAAAAGAGUGAUGAAGAGACUGAAAGGAUCUUGGAUAAUGUUUUGUAGAUGGAUCGAUACUUCUAAAUACGAAUCAUGUAGUGUUGUCGACUCAAUAGUAACCAUGGGAAUCCUUCUUAAUCUAACGGUUGGUAUGGGUCCAUAACAUAAGGCUUUGUUGAGAAUAGAAAUGUCGAGCAAAGGUGAUUGUGGAAGAUGUGAAAUGUGGUUUUGUUGUUUAGCUGCUUUUUUCGGGGCAUAUGAGUCAUACUAGAAUUUUGUGUUGCCUUUUUUAUAUAUAAAAAGUAAAAUAUUCUUAUUUUCA